UCACCGCCCCUUCUUGUGACUCCCCCAUUCACUCCUCCUUCACUCCAUCUCUCUCGAAGCAUCGAUGGAUCUCCGACGAGCCACUCUCGCGUUCGCAAUGCUCGCCCUCACGAUCGCCGCCGCCGUCGCGCAAUCCCCCGCCGCUUCCCCAUCAGCCGCCACCGCUUCCCCUCCAUCCAAACCCACCACCCCUUCCCCCACUUCCUCUCCUCCUUCUAACCCCCCACCACCACCACCCCCUGUUUCCCCGUCGCCGCCCCAGUCACUGCCCCUGUUGCCGCACCACCGACCAAAACCCCACCCACCGCCGCUCCCGUCGCCGCACCGCCAACCAAAACCCCACCCACUCCCGCUCCCGUCGCUGCACCGCCAACCAAAACCCCUCCGACUCCGGCACCUGUCACUCCCCGCCGACCCCCGCACCGGUCAGCUCCCCUCCCGCCCCCGUCCCCGCUGCUGCCACCCCAAUCCCGUCCGACGUCCCCGCCCCAGCGCCGAGCAAGACGAAGCCAUUGAAGAAGAAGAAGGGCUCUACUCCAUCUCCGUCUCCCGCCGGUGCAGUCCCCAAGUCUCCCGCCGGCGCCCCCGAUGCCUCCUCCCCUGGCCCCGCCUCCCCCGCCGAAGCCAGCGACACGAGUGGAGCGAUGAGGAUGAUGGGAAGUGCGCUGAUCUCGAUGCUGGGCGCAGCGAUCUUGGCCGUUGCGAUGAUCUCAUAGAGAUGAAAAUUAUUGUGGAAUUAUUGAGCUGUAAUUUAUUUUGGGGAUUUAUGAUUGAAUUGGUGUUGUAAUGUUUAUUAUUAUUAUUGAUUUUUGUUGAUGAGCAUUUGGGUUCUGUUGAUAGAUAAAUUGAGUUCCUUCGAUUGCA